AUGGAGCCGCCGCCGCGGCGGCGCGCGCUGCUGGCGCAGUGUCAGCGCGGCCUGGCGCAGGCCAUGACGGAGGUGGACGCGGUGCUGGGGCUGCUGGAGGCCGCGGGCGCGCUGAGCGCCGGCGAGCGGCGGCGGCUGGACGCGGAGGCGGGCGGCGCCAAGGCGGAGCUGCUGCUGCAGCUGCUGCUGGCCAAGGAGCGCGACCCGCUGCCCGAGCUGCGCGCGGCGCUGGAGCAGGCGCAGCCCCACCUGCUGCCGCUGCUGCCCCUGCACGGCGCGGCCGAGCCGCCCGCGGGCGCGGGCUCCACCUACAGUGUCCUCUCCAUCAUGCCGUCAGACUCCGAGAGCAGCAGCUCCCUCAGCAGUGCGGGCACCACGGGGAAGGCGCCAUCGCCGCCGCCUCUGCUGUCUGAGCGGCAGGUGGAUGACAAGGUGGAGAACCUCUCAGUGCAGCUGCGCCUCCUGACCCGGGAGAGGAACGAGCUGCGCAAGCGCCUGGCCUUCGCCAGCCACGGGACGGCCUUCGACAAGAGGCCCUAUCACAGGCUGAAUCCCGAUUACGAGAGGCUGAAGAUCCAGUGUGUGCGGGCCAUGUCGGACCUGCAGAGCCUGCAGAACCAGCACACCAACGCCCUAAAGAGGUGUGAGGAGGUGGCCAAGGAGACCGACUUCUACCACACCCUGCACAGCCGGCUCCUGAGUGACCAGACGCAGCUGAAGGACGACGUGGACAUGCUGAGGCGGGAGAACGGACAGCUGCUGCGGGAGCGGAACCUGCUGCAGCAGUCCUGGGAGGACAUGAAGCGGCUCCACGAGGAAGACCAGAAGGAGAUCGGGGACCUCCGUGCCCAGCAGCAGCAGGUGCUAAAGCACAACGGGUCAUCGGAGAUUCUCAACAAGCUGUACGACACGGCCAUGGACAAGUUGGAGGUGCUGAAGAAAGACUACGAGGCCCUGCGAAAGCGCUAUAGCGAAAAGGUGGCUGCCCACAACUCCGACCUGAGCCGGCUGGAGCAACUGGAGGAGGAGAACCAGAGGCUGGUGAAGCAGACGGAGAUGCUGGCACAGCAGCGGGACACGGCCAUCCAGCUGCAGCACCAGUGCGCCCUCUCCCUGCGCAGGUUCGAGGCCGUGCACCACGAGCUCAGCAAGGCCACGGCCCAGAACAAGGACAUGCAGUGGGAGAUGGAGCUGCUACAGUCGGAGCUCUCCGAGCUCAGGAGCACCCAGGUGAGGACGGCCAAGGAGUCGGAGAAGUACAAGGAGGAGCGCGACGCCGUGUACAGCGAGUACAAGCUUAUCAUGAGCGAGCGGGACCAAGUCAUCUCAGAGCUGGACAAGCUGCAGACCGAGGUGGAGCUGGCCGAGUCCAAGCUGAAGAACAGCACGUCGGAGAAGAAGGCGGCCAGUGAGGAGAUGGAGGCCCUGCGGCAGAUCAAGGAUACGGUGACCAUGGACGCUGGGAGGGCCACCAAGGAGGCGGAGACCCUCCGGAAGCAGUGCCGGGCCCUGUGCCAGGAGCUGAAGGAGGCCCUGCAGGAGGCCGACGUGGCCAAGUGCCGGCGCGACUGGGCCUUCCAGGAGCGGGACAAGAUCGUGGCCGAGCGGGACAGCAUCCGGAACCUCUGUGACAACCUGCGGCGGGAGCGGGACCGCGCGGUCAGCGAGCUGGCCGAGGCGCUGCGCAGCCUGGACGACACGCGCAAGCAGAAGAACGACGUGAGCCGCGAGCUCAAGGAGCUCAAGGAGCAGAUGGAGUCCCAGCUGGAGAAGGAGGCACGCUUCCGGCAGCUGCUGGCCCACAGCUCCCACGACUCGGCCAUCGACACCGACUCCAUGGAGUGGGAGACGGAGGUGGUGGAGCUUGAGCGGGACACGGAGGACGUGGACCCAGAGACCCUGGGGUUUGAUAUGGCUGAAGGCGUGAAUGAGCCGUGUCUGCCAGGGGACUGUGGGAUAUUUGUCACCAAGGUGGACAAAGGCAGCAUUGCCGAUGGUCGCUUACGGGUGAACGACUGGCUGCUGAGGAUCAAUGACGUGGACCUCGUGAACAAGGACAGGAAGCAGGCUCUCCGGGCCCUGCUGCACAGCGGGGGCGCCAUCAACAUGGUGGUGCGGAGACGCAAGUCCCUGGGCGGGAAGGCGGUCACACCGCUGCACAUCAGCCUGGGGGGACAGAAAGACAGUGGCAUCAGCCUGGAGAAUGGAGUGUACGCAGCGGCCGUGGUGCCCGGAAGUCCGGCUGCCAAGGAGGGCUCCCUUGCUGUGGGGGACAGGAUUGUGGCGAUCAAUGGCAUCGCGCUGGACAACAAGUCUCUGAGCGAGUGUGAAUCUCUGCUGCGCAGCUGCCAGGACUCCCUGACGCUGUCUCUCCUGAAGGUCUUCCCGCAGAGCACCUCGUGGAGUGGCCAGAACAUCCUGGAAACUAUCAAGGACUCUGAGAAAAUGCUGAGCUUCCGGGCGACUGGGCCGGACAUACAGUGCCCGCCCAGACGGGGUGGGCUACAACCUGGCAGCCCCGCUCAGACAGAGCUCUUCCCUGGGGACAGGCUGGAGGAGAGAAAGGAGCUGGGGCCACCAGCGGAUGGCAGCGCCUUCCUGCACAGCCCAUUCCCCGGGGCGCCCUUCCCCGUGUCCCCACAGGCCUGCCCCAGCGCCUCUGAGCACAGCCUCACCUCCUUCCCCUCUGACAACUCGGGGGACCGUGGCUACGGGCUGGCGGAUGCGCGGAGCCGCCGACCACUGCUGCCCUUCGAGGCAGACGGGGCAGCAGAGGCCCCCCUGGACAAGAUAGAGCCCGAGAGCGCCAGCACAGGCGGGACCUGGCCCAAGGCCGUGCUCAGCUCAGCGGCGCGGCCCGAGAAACUGUCUGUAUACAAGAAGCCAAAGCAGAGGAAGUCCAUCUUCGACCCCAACACUUUCCAGCGUCCCCAGACCCCAUCCCGGAUUGAGUACCUGCUCCCCGCACCCGGACCUGCCCGUUCCCCCCAGCCCACACGGAGGUCGGGGCCCCCGACGCCCCCCAAGCCCCCCCGGAGGAGCGACUCCAUGAAGUUCCAGCAGCGACUGGAGACCAGCUCGGAGUCGGAGGCCACGCUGGUGGGCAGCUCUCCGUCCACCAGCCCGCCCGGCGCACUGCCCCCUGACACAGACCCUGGAGAGCCCAUGCACGCCUCCCCCCAUCGCAAGGCCAGGGUCCACAUUGCCUCCAGCUACUACCCAGAGGGCGACGGUGAUGCCGCCUACCUGCCGGCCAAGAAGUCAUGCGACGAGGACCUCACCUCCCAGAAGGGGGACGAGCUGGGCCAGAAGCGCCGCCGCCCAAAGUCUGCGCCCAGUUUCCGGCCCAAGCUGGCGCCGGUGGUGAUCCCUGCCCAGUUCCUGGAGGAGCAGAAGCACAGCCCUGCCUGUGGGGAGUGCUCCCCAGAACCCCAGGACUGGCCGCCCUACUCACCCGGACACUCCGGGCGCCACGGCAACACACCCCUCUACCCGCACAGGCCGUCCAUGGGCACCAUCCCUCGGAGUCUGGCCCCCAGUGCCACCAUGAGCUCCAUCCUGAGGAACCCCAUCUCCACUGCACGCAGCCACCGGGCAGGCCCCUGCAGUUCUCCGCCCGUGCCCAGGGAGGUUGGGCCCCCAGGUUUGCAGUCCAGUGUCCAGCACCAGGGACGGCUGAGCCUGGACUUGAGCCGCAGAGCCUGUGGCGACUGCUCAGAGAUGAGAACCUCCCAUGGGUCCAACUCGCUGCCCUCCAGCGCCCGCCUGGGGUCUUCCUGCAACCUGCAGUUCAAGACGGAGCGCAUCAAGAUCCCAUCCACGCCCCGGUAUCCACGCUCUGUUGUGGGCUCUGACCGAGGCUCCCUGUCACACUCCGAGUGCAGCACCCCGCCGCAGUCACCCAUGAGCGUGGACACCUUGUCCUCCUGCGCCCAGCCGUCAGCCUCCACAAUGCCCAGGGUCGCUGUCAACCUUGGGGAUCGGAGGAAGGACAGGCCCUACAUGGAGGAGCCUCGCCACGUCAAGCUGCAGAAGGGCGCAGAGCCUCUGGGUAUCUCCAUCGUGAGUGGGGAGAAGGGUGGCGUCUAUGUGUCCAAAGUGACAGGGGGCAGCAUCGCCCACCAGGCCGGCCUGGAGUACGGGGACCAACUGCUGGAGUUCAAUGGCAUCAACUUGCGGAGUGCCACGGAGCAGCAGGCACGGCUCAUCAUCGGGCAGCAGUGUGACACCGUCACCAUCCUGGCCCAGUACAACCCGCACAUGCACCAGCUGGGCGGCGCCGGCCACUCCCGCUCCAGCUCCCACCUGGACCCUGCUGGCACCCACACCAGUCUCCAGGGCAGCGGUGCCACCAUCCCAGACCAUCCGUCCCUCAUCGACCCCCUGAUGGAGCAAGAUGAGGGCCCGGGCACCCCCCCAGCCAAGCAGAGCACACCCAGCGCCAGGACGCUGGGAGAUGCCACCAAGAAGCCUGCCGAGCCCCGGGUCGUGUUCAUCAAGAAGGCACAGCAGGAGCUCGGUGUGCGUCUGUGCGGGGGCAACCUGAGUGGCGUGUUUGUGGCCGACGUGGAGGAUGACAGCCCUGCUAGUGGCCCCGAUGGCCUCAUACCGGGGGACCUCAUUCUGGAGUACGGAGGCCUGGACGUGCGCAGAAAGACGGUGGAGGACGUCUAUGUGGAGAUGCUGAAGCCCAGGGACGGGGUGCGCCUGAAGGUGCAGCAUCGGCCCGAGGACUUCGCCAAGGCCAAGGGGCUGCCUGGAGACGGCUUCUACGUCAGGGCCCUGUACGACCGGCUGACGGACGUGGAGCACGAGCUGAGCUUCAAGAAGGAUGACAUCCUGUACGUGGAGGACACGCUGCCACAGGGUACCUUCGGCUCCUGGACGGCCUGGCAGCUGGAUGAGAACGCCCAGAAGAUGCAGCGUGGCCAGAUCCCCAGCAAAUACGUGAUGGACCAAGAAUUCUCCAGGAGGCUCAGCAUGUCCGAGGUCAGAGACGACAGCAAUGCCGCGAAGACACUGUCUGCGGCCGCCCGCAGGUCCUUCUUCCGCCGGAAGCACAAGCACAAGCGCAGCGGGUCCAAGGAUGGGAAGGACCUCCUGGCCCUGGACACCUUUUCCAGCGACUCCAUUCCACUCUUUGAAGAUACAGUGAGUCUGGCCUACCAGCGCGUCCAGAAGGUGGACUGCACCUCCCUGAGACCCGUCCUCAUCCUGGGACCGUUACUGGACGUGGUGAAGGAAAUGCUGGUGAACGAGGCACCUGGCAAGUUCUGCAGAUGCCCCCUUGAGGUGAUGAAGGCCUCCCAGCAGGCCAUUGAGCGGGGCGUCAGGGACUGUCUCUUUGUUGACUACAAACGGCGGAGCGGCCACUUCGACGUGACCACAGUGACGUCCAUCAAGGAGGUCACAGAGAAGAACCGGCACUGCCUCCUGGACAUCGCCCCCCACGCCAUCGAGCGACUGCACCACAUGCACAUCUACCCCAUCGUCAUCUUCAUCCACUACAGGAGCGCCAAGCACAUCAAGGAGCAGAGAGACCCCGUCUACCUGAAGGACAAGGUAACUCAGAGGCAUUCCAAAGAGCAAUUUGAGACGGCUCAGAAGAUUGAGCAGGAGUACAGCAGGUAUUUCACAGGGGUCGUCCAGGGAGGUGCCCUGCCCAGCAUGUGCGCUCAGAUCUUGGCAAUGGUCACUCAAGAGCAAAACAAAGUCCUGUGGAUCCCUGCCUGCCCGCUCUAGGGAGCCCGCGGGGAGCAGCCAGGCAGCUCCGUCCACUGCUAGCAGCUCACUUCCACGCCAGCGUCUGGGUGUGUGGGGGCUGGAGCCGUGUCAGCGUUGGCAUCUGGACAUGCAGGGGAC